ACAUCCUGUUUUUAUCGGUACUGCUGACGCUCGUACUGUUCUGAUUGACGUUCGCACACGUUAGUUGCGAUGUGGUAUAUAAGAGGUACGAAUGUAAGCCUUGGGCACCAAGAGUGCACAGCAUCUGGCGAAGAACAUGACAGGACUGACACUCCUUGAGAUUGCCGUACUGGCGACUUUGAUCGGAAGCGGCAGUGGAGCUUCCAUCAUCAAAGUGACUGUGGUGAGUGCAACAUGCCAGGGAGCGUCGGGCCCCUUCCCGAACCCGAACAGCUGCAGGAGUUUCUUGCAGUGCGAGCCAUCAGGCGUUGCAACCGUCAUCCCAUGCCCAGGAAACCUCGAGUUCAAUCCAAAGCUGAGGGUGUGCGACUUCCCAGACCGAGCUGGCUGCUCCUCAUCCUCGUCUCCUCCUGCUGACGACGACAAUGGAACUGGUGGAGGAUCAGGCGACGGCAGUGAAACUGGAGGUGGCUCAAACGACAGUGGAGUUUCACCUGCGCCACCAUCUGACGACGUCCCCACUUGUCCAGCAUGUAAUCCGGAUGACGUCACCCAGCUUCCGAAUCCAAAGGACUGCAGCAGCUUCUACAAGUGUGACGAGAACGGCGUUGCCAGGCUUAUUCCAUGCCCAGCUGGCCUAGAGUACAAUGCACAGCUAAGGGUGUGUGACUACCCAGGAAAUGCUGGUUGCUCGACGCCGUCCUCACCAAACAACCCUUCCGAUGAUACCCCUUCCGAGGGAGAGCAGGAUGACGGAAAUUCAGAGGGAGGCAGUGACAUAAAUCCACAACCACCAACUGGAGAUGCUCCCAGUUGCCCAGCAUGGAAUCCAGAGGACGUCACCCAGCUUCCUAAUCCCAGUGAUUGCAACUCCUUCUACAAGUGUGACGAGAAUGGUGUGGCUUGGCUCAUACCGUGCCCAGCUGGUCUUGAGUACAAUGCCAAACUAAGAGUCUGUGAUUAUCCUGAAAGUGCUGGCUGCUCAUCAUCAGCUUCUCCAAGUAACCCCUCUGGCGAUGAAUCUUCUGAUGGCGAUCAGAACAACGGAAAUUCUGACUCUGGUAACGGUGAAAGCCCACAGCAACCAGCCGGAGAUGCUCCCACCUGUCCACCUUGGAAUCCAGACGACGUCACCCAGCUGCCUAACCCCAGCGACUGUAACAGCUUCUACAAGUGCGACGAGAACGGUGUAGCCUGGUUGAUCCCGUGCCCAGCUGGCUUACAGUACAACGCCGAGCUGAGGGUGUGUGAUUACCCCGGACAUGCUGGUUGUUCUGUCUAAGUUUAUGGAGGACUGCAUUAAGAAGAUGUCUGCUAGAUCUGCAAUAUUUGUUCCGUUUGCUUAUUUACAUGAAUAUUUGAGAUUGUUGAUUUAUCUGUGUUGUCCAGUUUCAAUCGAAAACUACAUGUAUUAAUAAUAUUAAUUUAUUACUUCUUUAUAUAAUUUUAACCAUGAAGAAACUGUUGCGUCGAGAUGUCAGAAUAAAUAUCAUCUUACGUA